AUGAAUAUCAACACGAAGCGAGGCGACAAAAGCCAAUGCGCCAACAGAAGAAGGAAUCUGUAUCAGUGGAAUUGGAACCGUCUCAUAGUUGAUCUCCCGGAGAGCAUCCUUGUCCACAUCCUUUCCUUCCUCCCAAUCACCACCGCUAUCAAAACCGCCGCUGUCGCUCGCAACUGGCGCCACCUCUGCUAUUCCGUUCCGAUCCUCAAUUUCGACAUGGAAGAGUUCCGUUUACGAAUUCCGGAGGAAACCGACCGGGACGCACAGCAACUGAAGGGAUGCGCUGGUGAAGAUCUAGAUGAUUAUGAAAAUCGCAGCUGGGAUUAUGAUAUGGCACCUUAUGAUUUUCAUUUCUCUAGCUCGGUUAAGGUUUUAAGACUGCGGGAAUGUAACCUCUGUUUCCCUGGUAAAGCAUUUUGGGAGUUAACCUGGGAAAUGCAUCUAGACUUGCUUUUUUCGACACCUGAAGAGAUUGCAAAUAUGAUGGCAUUAUGUGUUAACGUUGAGGUAUGGUUUGGAAGAUGUCGGGCUUUGGUUGAAGCUCAUGUGAAGUUUGGAAGAAGAUCUUGGUGGGAGUUAGCGUGCUGGACUAAAGUAUUAAGCUGUCUAACCGGUGUCACACGUUUAACCAUUGAUAACAUGUGCCCUUGGCUUCUGAUUGGUUUAAAUUCUUUAAAGGAGCCGCUGGUGACCAAUCUUGAGCAACUAAUUGAGGAUGAAGAGUUCCAUGGGAAGGGAGGAUUGCAUAAAAGUAAAGAGGUGAGGUCUAUCUUUCUUCAAUUACCUAGACUUAAGUUUCGUCCAGAUGAAGAAGUACGAGGGAACCGAAAAUGA